AUGAAAAAGCCCGCGCCCGAAGGUGAAGCCAGUCUGUCCAUGAAAAAAACGCAAUCUUUCGGAAAAAUUCAAACAUCUUCACCUUCUCACCCGGUAUCACCGAAGAUGGACAGACGAGAUUCUAUGGCACUAGCGAAAGCCUACGAUGAGUGGGAAUUAGAGCGGAUGCGAGAGUUGAGAGCGAUUCGCUUUGAAGCGAAUUCGCAGACGCAACCUUUGCACCGAGCCCCGACUUGGGACAUAAACGUGUCAACUCGGGGCUCUGAGGCAGCGUUGCUGCGGAGCAGUGCGUCCGGCGUCUGGUGCAAGAUUGACCCAAAAAUGAAGAGAACAGCUGAUGAGCCUGAUCGAGUCGAAUACCGUGGAGCCUCGCGUUCGGUUUCGCCGUCUGCUCGUUGCGACCCGCUGAGUCAAUCCAAUGGCACAAUCGCGCCUGACAGUUUGAAAGAAUCAAUUACGUUCCCAGACUGGGCCAUGCCCCCAGACAUUUUCGAGACCAGUGGUCGAGAGACGGAGAGCUUUACAAAACAUUCUUCGACAAUUGAAAGUGUGGAGAUUCAGCGAAAGCUGCGGCUUGG